AUGCCUGGAAAUAAAUUGGGUCUAGCUUUAGGAGCCUCCAGGAGAAGGAGAGGGAGAACACAGAGAUCAGAAAGACAAAAGGGGCAGAGAUCUGGCCAGCAGGUGCCCACACAGAGCACAGGGGAGAGGAAGAGCAGCAGAACUUUACUUUACCGCUCAGGCAUCUGGACACUGCACAGACUUGUUCGGAAGAGACUGAAGGAAAACAUUGAGCAAUUCUUCACCAAAUUUGUGGAUGAGGGGAAAGCUACUGUUCGGUUAAAGGAACCUCCUGUGGAUAUCUGUCUAAGUAAGGCCAAUUCCAGCAGUUUAAAGGGUUUCCUUUCAGCUGUGAGACUGGCUCAUCGAGGCUGUGAUAUUGAAACACCACUUUUAACACUCACACCAGUGAAGACUUCAGAAUUUGAGAAAUUUAAAACUAAAAUGAUAGUUACUUCCAAAAAAGAUUAUCCUCUAAGCAAGAACUUCCCAUAUUCUCUGGAACAUCUUCAGACUUCUUAUUGUGGACUUGCCAGAAUUGAUAUGCGUGUACUUUGCUUAAAAAACCUUAAGAAAUUAGACUUGAGCCACAACCAUAUAAAAAAGCUUCCAGCUACGAUUGGAGACCUCAUCAACCUUCAAGAACUUAACCUUAGUGACAAUCACUUGGAAUCCUUUAAUGUAGCUUUGUGUCAGUCUACACUCCAACAGUCGCUUCGGAGUUUGGAUCUCAGCAAAAAUAAAUUAAAGGCACUCCCUGUGCAGUUUUGCAGGCUCCGAGAACUUACAGAAUUAAAACUUGAUGAUAAUGAACUAAUUAGAUUUCCUUUCAAAAUGGGACAACUGAAAAAUCUGUGUUUUUUGUCAGCAGCUCGAAAUAAGCUUCCCUUUUUGCCCAGUGAAUUUAAACAUUUAUCUCUUGAGUACUUGGAUCUUUUUGGAAAUAAAUUUGAACAACCGAAAGUCCUUCCACUUAUAAAACUGCAAGCGCCAUUAACUCUGUUGGAAGCCUGUGCACGAACAGUAUUACAUAAUAGGAUCCCAUAUGACCCUCAAACAAUUCCUUUCCAUCUUUGUCAAGAUUUGGAUACCGCAAAAACCUGUGUGUGUGGACGAGUUUGUCUACACAGUUUCAUUGAAGGAACUACUACCAUGAAUCUACAUUCUGUUGCUCAUACUGUGGUCCUAGUAGAUAAUAUGGGUGGUACUGAAGCACCUAUUAUUUCUUACUUCUGUUCUCUAGCUUGUUAUGUAAAUGCCUCUGAUACAUUAAAGUAAUAGGAACACCCCCCAAAAUAAAUUCCUUUUAGUUACUGAUGAAUUUGAGACUCAUUUCCAACUUAACAGUGUAAUAGAGAAAGGGGACAUUAUUUAAA